UACCACCCACAAUGUCGGCCUCGCCGAGAACCGGGGGAGACAGGCGCAAGCGCAAAUAUCGAUCGGACGGCACUCCGAUAUGGUCUAAACGGACCAUCGACGGCCCAGGCGUCUGGGUGACGUGCGUGAAAGGUAAAGAAAAGCAAGCAGUCGGAGAACUGUACGAUCUGUUCCAAUCGCUAGCCAGUGAACUGUGGCCGGAAGAUCAAGCCGCGAGCAACAUGACGACGGACGAUGAUCAGGAUCGCGAGCUGGACAUUGAACAGCAGAUCGCCCAAGAAAUUGCCGCCAUGAAAAAACCGCGCAAAGAGCAGAGAUUCGCAAAUUGCCAAACGAACACGCCUUGCUUGCUAUUUAUCGGCUGCAAGGCGCCGGUCGAUCCGGUGACAUUGAUUACUACUCACAUCCAAAGUGUACAGCGCACAGGCGUGACCCGAGCGAGGCACUGUCAUCGGUUCACGCCGGUGUCCAACACGGUCGUGGCCAACCUGCCCGAGAUCCGCGGCCUGUGCGAACGCGUCGUCACUCCCUUCUUCGAAGGCUCCGAUGAGAAAUACAAGUAUAAAAUCGAACUCCGUACGCGCAAUCACACGACGCUCGCGCGACCGGAGGUGAUCAAGGAAAUCGCAUCUUGCGUUCCUGAGGGACACGUAGUCGACCUCGAACAUGCGGACGUAUUCAUUCUCGUCGAGAUUUUCAAGAGUGUGUGUGGCAUCAGCGUCGUCCGAGACUAUUAUGCAAUGCAGAAGUUCAAUGUUAUGGAAAUUGCGAAUGUAAAGAGGAACGAAGACGACUCGGAGAAGAUGGAUCAGUAAUGAUUGUCGUAUUUUU